UAUUCUCUCUCUCUACCCACCUCUUGUUCUUGGCUUCUUGCAAUUGCACCCCCUCCUCCAGGGGCGAGGAGAAUUCGAUCCCAAUUUGCCGCGGGAGGUCGUCGUCGGUAAUUGGAGCGAGGGGAGGGGGGCAGUAAUGGCGUCUCCCGCCGACGAGGCUCUCCCGGCGCUGCCGCCCAUCAAGACGGCGCCUUUGCCGCCCCCGCCGUGCACCUCGGCCUCAGCGUCUCCGUCGGCCCCGGCGCCGGCGCCGGCUGGGGACGGCGCGAAGGCGGCGGCUGAGGAGGAGGAGGAGGAGGAUCGUGAGCCGUCGACGCCGACGUCGGAGGAGAGCAGGCUGCGGCCGGCCGCGGUGUGCCCGCCGGCCCCGCGGAAGCCGCCGGCGCCGCGGAUGCCGGUGAAGCGGAAGCCGCCGCUGCCCUCGCCCGCGCGGGUGUUCGUCGCCGUCCCGCGCGACCUCUCCACCGUCUUCCGGUCGCUGCCGCCCAAGAAGCGGAUCCGGGUGUCGUGAUGCUGCGAUCUGGCCGCAAUUCACCACCGGCUCCCAGGCUUGGUCGAUUUCUUGGAGAAUUCUUCCGAGUUCUUGGCUUUUCUUCUUCUUCUUCUUUUUUGCCCCUUGGGUUACUGGUACCCACGGCCAUGGUAUAAAUUAUAAGUCGCGGUAUAAAUAACGUGCUAUUUUUCUGCGUGUUUUUAUUUUUCUUCCUUUUUAGUUGUGUUUGCGUGAGGAGAAUUUGUAGCUCUAGAGAUGAAGAUAUUUCUGUUACUGAAUGGAAGCAGUUCAAAGAAAAGCAAACUUGUAAGAAAAAUUCA